UUUAACUCUUCAUGCGGCAGUUGGAAGCAUCGUUGACGUAGAGAAAGACCUGACAACGGACACGUCGGCGUUCUGAAUUACAAUAUAACGUGCAUUAUUCGAAUUAUAAGAUUCGUAAGAGGGCAUAAUUAUGUCAAACGAUAACUUCACCGAAGAUGAUACUUUAAAUGGGAACAAUGUUCUCAAUCAUGAUGACAGAGAAACGAACGAGACGCAGUGCAGACGUAAUACCAUCUACAUGCACAGGAGUACCGAGGAAAUAGCAGGAAAAGCGAAUAAGUUUACACAGAUUGAUCUUACUCAGUUGUCCCACGGCAUACAGAGAACGAGACCGACUUCUAUAGCCUAUUUACCCAAACAGGCUCCGACGAGUGAUACAAAUUAUUCCUCUUACAAUUCCAAAACCGGCUUGUCUCCUUCUCAAAGUGAAUUGGUUCUAUCGCCUAGGAACAGGCAUAAUCGUUAUGUAGCCUUAGACAUGAGAUCAAUGACCAGCCUUCCGUUUUCAAGCUCCCAUUUAAACAAUCAUAUCUCAGCAAAUAAUAUGCCAUACACAUGCUGCUGUGUGUGUGUAGGAUCCCAGAAACCGCCAACACCUUCUUCCCAACAUACAGAGGAGCAAGAUGGUCCUGAAGGUCUGUCAUGGAGAAGACUCCACAUGAGUAGAGCCAAACUAAAAGCAACUGCAACAACAUCGGAACUAUUAAGUGGAUUUGCAAUGGUGGCUAUGGUAGAACUACAAAUAAACGAGCCCACCGCGGUACCAGAAUGGCUGUUUGUGAUGUUCGCUGUGUGCACAACCGUCCUAGUAUCAGUACACAUCUUUGCUUUAAUGAUAAGCACGUAUUUAUUACCCAAUAUCGAGGCCAUCAGUAAACUUCAGGUAUCACGACUGGUAACGGAAUCUCCACACGAAAGAAUGCGUGGUUUUAUAGAACUAGCUUGGGCAUUCUCUACAGUGCUAGGUCUGUUUCUGUUUCUAGUCGAAGUAGCUAUACUGUGCUGGGUCAAGUUCUGGGAUUACUCUUUCACAGCCGCGACUGCCAGUACUAUCAUAGUGAUUCCAGUCCUCAUAGUGUUCAUAGCGUUUGCUGUUCACUUCUAUCAUUCACUGGUCGUGUAUAAGUGCGAAUCUUCUGUGACUGAUAUGAACGAAUUAGAGAGCAUAAAAAGGAAUUUAGAUAACGUCACAAUGGGACAGAGCAGCGUGUGA